AUGUCGACUCCAGAGAAUGUUGAAUCAGCACCUGGUGGUACCUUAGGCACAGGUGGUACGACUGGUAACUUAGGACAAGCUGGUGCUGGUCAGCAACAUCAUCAAGGAAAUUUAGGUGAAGGUGGUGCAGCUCAGUAUGGCUUUUUACUUCACAAUAGUGGAAAAUAUUCUUUAACUUCGGAAGAUUUUUGGAAAACUCAUCAAAAGCCGAAUUUUUUCUCAUUAGUUUUUAAAGAUUUUAUUGAACUGCAUGGUCAACAGCAUCACCAAGGUAAUCUGGGUGAAGGUGGUGCUGGUCAACAGCAUCAUCAAGGUAAUCUGGGUGAAGGUGGUGCUGGUCAACAGUAUCAUCAAGGUAAUCUGGGUGAAGGUGGUGCUGGUCAACAAAAACAUGGUGGAAGUUCAUCAGACACCAGCAGUAGUCAUGCACAUGACGAUAAAUGUGACGCGGGAUGUAAGAAAUAA